AUGGUCUCCGCUCUGCGUCACUCCAUCGCCAUGUUCUCAUCCAGAACCCCUCCCUCUAUCAUCCGGUCUCUGUAUCAACAGCGAAAGGCCUCGAAACACACGCUCGUGCUCAUCCGUCACGGCGAGAGCGUGUGGAACAAGCAGAACCUCUUCACAGGCUGGUACGACGUGCAGCUCUCGGACAAGGGCAACCAGGAAGCAGCGGCUGCGGGGCAGCUGCUUAAGCAGGAAGGCUUCACUUUUGACGUCGCCUACACGUCGUAUCUCAAGCGGGCAAUCCGGACUCUGUGGCACGUUCUCGAGCAGACGGAUCAAAUGUGGAUCCCUGUGCACAAGACGUGGCGACUCAAUGAGCGCCACUAUGGCGCCCUCACGGGUCUGGACAAACAGGCGACGGUCGAGAAACACGGCGCGGAAAAGGUCCUCGAGUGGCGUCGGAGCUACGACAUUCCGCCUCCAGAGCUGGAUCCUGCGAGCGAGUUCUAUCCGGGCAACGACGUCAAGUACCGAGCUGUGCCAAAGGCCCAACUGCCCUUGGCCGAGUCGCUCGAGCUCACGGCUGCUCGCGUGUUGCCGGAAUGGCACAACACGAUCGUGCCCAGCAUCAAAGCGGGCAAGAACGUGGUGAUUGCGGCGCACGGCAACAGCCUCCGGGCGCUUGUGAAGCAUCUGGACGACAUCUCGGAAGACGAGAUCACGGGGCUCAAUAUCCCCACGGGGGCACCGCUCGUGUACCACUUGGACGAAGACCUCAAGCCCGUUCCGCACCAAGACGCGAUUGCACCCCUCAGUGCCUUUUACCUCGGCGACCAAGACGAGAUCCGCAACCGGAUCCUUGGCGUCAAGAACCAGACAAAGUAA